UUUUAAGAGACUUUUUGAUCCAAUGAGGCCCCCCAAAUAAUUGAGUUUUGGGUCCUGGUUGGUUGUUUUAUUUUUUUUCUCCAAAAUUUUAACCCCCUCCCCCCCUGAGCCCGAGGUGCUGACGUCGCAAAAAAAUUGGAUAAAACCUCGAUCAUGGGUUCGGGUCCCAUAGAUCCCAAAGAGCUUCUCAAGGGCCUGGAUAGCUUCCUUAACCGAGAUGGGGAAGUCAAGACAGUGGAUGGGAUUUCCAAGAUCUUCAGCCUGAUGAAGGAAGCACGAAAGAUGGUGAGUCGAUGCACUUACUUGAACAUUCUCCUGCAGACCCAGUCACCAGAAAUAUUGGUCAAGUUUAUUGAUGUUGGUGGCUACAAGCUGCUUAACAGUUGGCUGACCUAUUCAAAGACAACCAACAACAUUCCCCUCUUGCAGCAAAUUCUGCUGACCCUGCAGCACCUCCCGCUCACUGUGGACCAUCUCAAGCAGAACAACACAGCCAAACUGGUGAAGCAGCUGAGCAAGUCAAGUGAGGAUGAAGAGCUCCGGAAAUUGGCUUCAGUCCUUGUCAGUGACUGGAUGGCUGUCAUCCGCUCCCAGAGCAGUACCCAGCCUGCUGAGAAAGAUAAGAAAAAACGUAAAGAAGAGGGGAAGAGUCGAACCACCCCUCCUGAGCGACCCUUGACUGAGGUGAAGGCUGAGACCCGGGCUGAGGAGGCCCCAGAGAAGAAGAAAGAGAAGCCGAAGUCUCUCCGAACGACGGCACCCAGUCACGCCAAAUUCCGUUCCACUGGGCUAGAGCUGGAGACCCCAUCUUUGGUGCCUGUGAAGAAGAAUGCCAGUGCCGUGGUAGUUUCUGACAAGUACAAUCUUAAACCCAUCCCCCUCAAGCGUCAGAGCACCACAGUUGCUCCAGGAGAUGCUGCACCUCCUGCAGAGAAGAAAUACAAGCCACUGAACACCACACCGAAUGCCACCAAAGAGAUCAAAGUGAAGAUCAUCCCACCACAGCCAAUGGAGGGCCUGGGCUUUCUGGAUGCGCUCAAUUCAGCCCCUGUUCCAGGCAUCAAAAUUAAGAAGAAGAAGAAGGUGCUGUCACCUACAGCUGCCAAGCCAAGCCCAUUUGAAGGGAAAACGAGCACAGAACCAAGCACAGCCAAACCUUCUUCCCCAGAACCAGCACCUCUUUGUGAGGCUAUGGACACAGACCGCCCAGGCACCCCAGUUCCCCCUGUUGAAGUCCCAGAGCUCAUGGAUACAGCCUCUUUGGAGCCAGGAGCACUGGAUGCAAAGCCAGUAGAGAGUCCUGGAGAUCCCAGCCAGCUGACCCGGAAAGGCAGGAAGAGGAAGACUGUGACGUGGCCUGAGGAGGGCAAACUGAGAGAAUAUUUCUAUUUUGAACUGGAUGAAACUGAACGAGUAAAUGUGAAUAAGAUCAAGGACUUUGGUGAGGCAGCUAAGCGAGAGAUACUGUCAGACCGACAUGCAUUUGAGACGGCCCGGCGUCUGAGCCAUGACAACAUGGAGGAGAAGGUGCCCUGGGUAUGCCCGCGGCCCCUGGUUCUGCCCUCACCCCUUGUCACCCCUGGAAGCAACAGCCAGGAGCGAUAUAUCCAGGCUGAACGGGAGAAAGGAAUCCUUCAGGAGCUCUUCCUGAACAAGGAAAGUCCUCAUGAACCUGAUCCUGAGCCCUAUGAACCUGUCCCCCCGAAGCUCAUCCCCCUAGAUGAGGAGUGUUCCAUGGAUGAGACCCCGUAUAUUGAGACCCUGGAGCCUGGAGGAGCUGGUGGCUCACCUGAUGGGGCAGGCGGCUCCAAGUUGCCUCCCGUCCUGGCCAAUCUCAUGGGAAGCAUGGGUGCUGGGAAGAGCCCCCAGGGUCCUGGAGGAGGAGGCAUCAAUGUGCAAGAGAUCCUCACCUCCAUCAUGGGUAGCCCAAAUAGUCAUCCUUCAGAGGAACUGCUCAAGCAACCAGACUAUUCAGACAAGAUUAAGCAGAUGCUCGGUAAUCACCAGGGCCAGCCCUGGGGCCUGGGGGAGGAAGCCUACUGUGGAGUUGGGGUGCCACAUGGACUCUUAGGCCCUGGUCCAAUAGCCAAUGGUUUCCCACCAGGAGGCCCUGGGGGCCCCAAGGCCAUGCAACACUUCCCCCCUGGGCCUGGGGGACCUAUGCCAGGUCCUCACGGAGGCCCUGGUGGGCCAGUGGGUCCACGUCUCUUGGGUCCCCCACCCCCUCCACGAGGGGGUGAUCCCUUCUGGGAUGGCCCAGGUGACCCCAUGCGGGGUGGCCCAAUGCGGGGGGGUCCAGGACCAGGUCCUGGACCAUACCACAGAGGCCGUGGUGGCCGAGGAGGAAAUGAACCGCCGCCGCCGCCUCCCUUCCGGGGGGCCAGAGGAGGUCGCUCUGGAGGAGGACCCCCAAAUGGACGAGGGGGCCCUGGUGGGGGCAUGGUUGGAGGUGGUGGGCAUCGUCCUCAUGAAGGCCCUGGUGGGGGCAUGAGCAGCAGCAGUGGACACCGCCCCCACGAAGGCCCUGGCAGUGGCAUGGGUGGUGGGCACCGCCCCCACGAAGGCCCAGGCGGUAGCAUGGGUGGAGGUGGGGGACAUCGUCCCCAUGAAGGCCCUGGUGGUGGCAUGGGCAGUGGCAGUGGCCAUCGCCCCCACGAAGGCCCUGGCAGUGGCAUGGGUGGAGGCAGUGGACAUCGCCCCCAUGAAGGUCCUGGUGGAGGAAUGGGUGCUGGAGGUGGACAUCGCCCCCAUGAAGGCCCUGGUGGGAGCAUGGGUGGAAGUGGUGGACAUCGCCCCCAUGAAGGUCCUGGACAUGGGGGGCCCCAUGGCCACCGGCCUCAUGAUGUCCCUGGUCACCGAGGCCAUGACCAUCGAGGGCCACCACCUCAUGAGCACCGUGGCCAUGAUGGCCCUGGCCACGGAGGAGGGGGCCACCGAGGGCACGAUGGAGGCCACAGCCAUGGAGGAGAUAUGUCAAACCGCCCUGUUUGCCGACAUUUCAUGAUGAAGGGCAACUGCCGCUACGAGAACAACUGUGCCUUCUACCACCCGGGGGUCAAUGGGCCCCCCCUGCCCUAGGGACCGCCUCCUCUGCCCCACCCACACACACCCCUGUGGACUGCAGCCUCGCUCCUUCCGCCCUGUUAUGGCUUCUGUGAGGCCCAUGUUCCCCUGUCCCCAGCUGAGGAGGAGCCGGCCCCCUCAGUUCCCACCUGCUUGGGUUGCUGGGGGUUUUCUGAUCACUGGUGCGCAUUGAUGUACAUACUUUCCUCCAGUCUGAGGAGGAGAGAGACUGGAUACGUUCUGUACCCUGGACUGCUGAAGAGAAGACCCAGUUGGCUUCAUUUUUUUGAGGAGAUUUGCCCUAUAACCCCAAGCCCCUUUCCAGUAUUACCCUUUAUGCCUGAGAACCUAAAGCUGGUUAUCCUGGAGAACACCUCUACUCUCCUGUUGUGGGUCCUCCACAUGCACACAGAACUGACACGGGAUCAGCUGCACUUAUGAAAUCAUCCCAGCCAAGUUCAUUCUUCUCAUGGGGUGGGGAGAUGGUAAAAGGGGUAUUAGAUACCCCACUGCACUGAGAGGGCUCAAUCAGGCUGGAUUUGAGUUCUGGAAUACAUCCUCCCCACUUCUGCCCUGGCACAGGCUUUCCAUUGAGUCCCUUCUCAAGUACGACUUUGCAACCUUCUGUGAACACCCAGGUCUGCAUCAUGGGUCUGCUAGGUUCAGUGAUGGUCAAUUCACGUCCACAUCCAGUGGAAGUUUUAGCUGGCAUGGGUGAGGCUGGGGGUGGUGGCCCGCCCUUGCCUGCAGCUCAUUCUGGAAACUUUGUAAAAACACUUCAGUGAGACCAGCUUUCCAUCAACUUGCCCGCAUUCUGGGCCUGACAGUCACACUACACGCACUGCCUUCAGGAGUUGGCGCGGCGCGCUCUGCCCCCAGCUGGAACCUCGUUGGUGCGAGGCCUCCAGCUCCCUUGCCGUCAGCCACCUCCGGGUCCCACCAGGUGCCUUCCUGGGUGGGUGCCGCAAGCUGACGUGCCCUUCCCCAGCCCUCUCCUUCCCAGGUCUCGGCAUCAGUUUGUUUUCUAUGAAAACAGUGGAUUGGUUGGCUUUUGUGCAGGGUCUUGGGUUAGAGCCACGAUGGAUUUGAGGGAUGAGUAUUUUUUUUCUUUUGGUUUUGUAUAUUUUGUACAUUAAUAAUAAACAGUGGAAAGAGAAGCAGCUUAUUUAA